UGGAGGAUGCACAAAAGCCGUUUUAAGGCAGAAUACUAUUCAAAAUAUGACAAUGAUGAGGAAAGGCUAAGAAAUCGGCCGCAGUCCAUUCCUUUGGAAAAAUUCAAGAUUUUGCUACAAUAUUGGGGCCAUGAAAAAAUCAAAUCUACUGCUGCAAAGAAUUCAAACAACCGAAGAAAGGUCAUUGACACACACACUGCUGGCCGUAAAUCCUUUGCACAGAUUGGAAAUGAAAUGAAAAAGAACCAGUCGACCCCUGAUACACCUACAAAGGCGGAUAUAUAUCCUAAAACGCGCCAAGGUCAUGAUAAGAAGACUGAAAAGGACACUGAGAAGGACAAUGAAAAGGACAAUGAAAAGGACAAUGACAAAGAAACUGAGAAAGACAAUGAGGCUGAAGAAGCAGCAAAUACAAAAGAAAUAGAUUUUCAGGCUCAUGGACCAAAUUGGCUUGUUGGGAGGACUGGUAGAACAAGGAAAACAGUCAACAAUCAACAGCGUCAAAGCAAAAAGGCUGAAGAAUUGGCAAGCCUAAGGAAGGAGAUAGCUGCUGAGAUGGAGGAUAAGUUGAACAAAAAGCUAAAGAGAAUCCUUGGACAUUUGGCUGAGAAAAAUCCAUCGCUCCAUAUAGAUGUGGAUGAAAUAUGUGCAUGCUGCGAGAGUGAACAUGAGCCGGAGACUGAUAGCGAAGCUGCUGAUGAUUCUUGAUCAUCAGUAGUAGUAUAUAUAUCUAUGUUCAAGACUUAAUUAAUUAGCCUAUUUUGAUAAUGUAAGAAGUUUGAUGCAAAUGUUCUAGCUAGACUUAAAAUCUGUUUUUUGAUCAGUCACAAUGGUACUGAUAUUGUUUGUGGUAGUCUAGGACUUGCUUCUGGCAUGAGCUUGUGGUUGGUAACAGUCUAAGUACUGUUUUGAAUUUGUUGGUGUUGAACCAUUAAAUUGGUGGAUUGAUAUAUUUAUGAAAUGGUCA